AUGGGUCCCUUGGGAAACAUUCCCUUGGUUAUAAUUUCAGUUCUUCUCAGUGUUACUGCCAUUAUUGAUGCUUGUUCCAAUGGAGGAUGCAAGCUCCUAGAGGAAUGCUCAUCAACUGCAGAUUGUGCGGCUGGCCUAUUGUGUGGCGCUUGUCCUACGAGAUUUGAUAAUGAAAGAUGUAUAAGAUCAACCUUUACAGACCAAUUCAAGCUGCUGAACAAUUCUUUAGCUUUCAACAAAUAUGCAUAUUUGACAACCCACAAUUCUUUUGCCUUUGAUGGAGAACCAUCCCAUACCGGGAUUCCUCGACUUGCAUUGCCAAAUCAAGAAGACAGUAUCACACAACAACUAAAUGAUGGAGUUCGAGCCUUAAUGUUGGACACAUAUGACUUCGAGGAUGACAUUUGGUUGUGCCAUUCAUUUGAAGGGGAAUGUAAUGACUUUACUGCCUUUAGCCCUGCUAUAGACACUUUGAAGGAAGUAGAAGCCUUCUUAGCAGCAAAUCCAUCAGAAAUUGUGACCCUAAUUUUGGAAGACUAUGUAGAAUCCCCAAAUGGAUUAACAAAGGUUUUUAAUGCUUCUGGUUUGAUGAAGUACUGGUUUCCAGUGUCAAACAUGCCUCAAAAUGGUCAAGAUUGGCCUCUUGUCAAAGACAUGGUAGCUAAUAAUCAAAGGCUUAUUGUCUUCACCACAGAGAGAAAAAAGCAAGAAAGCGAAGGAAUAGCUUAUCAAUGGAACUAUAUGGUCGAAAAUAUGUAUGGGGAUGAUGCAAUGAAUUCAGGAAGCUGUCCUAACCGUGCGGAGUCAGCAGCACUCAAUGACAAAACUAAGUCUUUGGUUCUGGUAAAUUACUAUAAGUCAGUUCCAAUUAUGAAAAGCUCGUGUGAAGAUAAUUCACCAGAGCUCCUUAAUAUGCUUCAAACAUGUUAUGGAGCAGCUGGUAACCGAUGGGCUAACUUUAUUGCUGUUGACUUCUACAAGAGGAGUGAUGGUAGAGGAGCAUUUCAAGCUGUAGACAGAUUGAAUGGGAAGCUAUUGUGUGGCUGCAAUGAUGUGAAUGAAUGCGCGCCUGGAUCGUUGACAACGUGCAAUCCAAAGGAACCAAUACAGAAUUCUAAAAUGGCGAUUUGA